AUGGUAACCACGUUGGGAUACGAAGCCCGCAGAGCAGAGAGCUUGGCCUUGGUCUUGGAGGACAAUCUAGCUUUCGAUAAGAAGUCGAACUUGGUGUUUAGCAAGAACUCAACGCACUGCUCCAAAAUCUCCAGGUUCUGCUCGUCCUCGUCGUCUUCAAAGUUGGAUUCCAAAUAUAUAUCAUCAAGAUUCAAAGUCUGGAAACCAGGGGUAUUGCUAAAGAUAUUGACUGAGUAA